AUGAUUCUGCACGGGAUCGAACCGGGGACCUUAUCCGAAUCAGAUGUUAAGGAUACGUGAUAACCAACUACACCACAGAACCAACUUUGGUUGUAAUCAGCGCGGCGUGUGGCAUACAUAAAUAAUAUUUCUUGCAGUCGGUCACCUUUACGGCGCGAUGGCGUAGUCGUGAGGGCGCGUGGGCGCGCACUCAGUGGUCGAGGGUUCGAUCCGCCCGGAGCGCGAUCUGCCUUUUGGUUUCUUAACGGCUUCUUGACUCCGCCGGUGCGGCUGACGUGUGGGCUCGGCCAAGGGGACCCGGCGUCGUCGUCGGUCUGGGAUGUCGUGUUCCAGCCGUUCCUGGAUGCUCUGCACCGUCGAGGCAUCGCGCUGAACCUCUCGCUUCCUACCAUUCACCCCUACCCACAGAGCCGCGCCAUUACAUCCCUUGCGUUUGCCGAUGACGUCGUCGUCGCCGUCGCGGGCUCGGAGUCACUCAACUUGCUCGACGACCUGGCGCUCGACUGGAGGCUCGCAACCAAUGGCCGGCUCAACACCGACAAGACCGUCGUACUACCCAUCGGGUGUCGCUGGGAGGCUGGCGAUCGUCCGCUCGUCGUCAAGGCCGAGGGCGAGUCGCUCGAGUGGAUCGGCCUAUCUUUCGACCCCACCGGCAACACCGAACUCGCCAACGUGAAUCUCGUCGCACGGCUCGAAGCGGUGCUCGAUUCGGCACGGGACCGAGGGCUCACACACCACACCCGAGCGUUCUACGUCAACCGAUACGCCAUUCCCAAGAUUCUGCACAUCCUCUCCGCCGACAUCCCACCGCUCGAGGUCGUCAAGGAGCUUGAUCGCAUUCUCGCCGACUUUGUCCGCGGCGGCAAGAGGAGGUCGUGCUAUGGCAAGGACGUCGUCUUCACACCGAGGUUCAAGGGGGGUCUUGGGGUCAUGCGGAUGCAGGACGUCGUCGACUCGGUUGCGGCACGCGUCUGGGACGUGCUUCUUGGCGGUUCGGAUGCGAUCUGGCAGGGACUUGCGCGCGCGGCGAUUGUACGAGCCCAUCCCGCCCCCGACUUUGACUUGGCAACCGAUGCGUGGCCUUGCGACUACACUCCGAUCCGAACCGAUCUACACCCAAGAUGGCAGGCCGUGCUGAAGGUACCAUCGACGCACAAUGCGCAGGUCAAGCCGAGGACGUUGACGCUCGCGAACCUUCUCGCUCUUCCGAUCAAGUUGCACACCCUUCACUACCUACCGGGAGCACCAGCUGUGUCGCGACCACCCUACGACGCCGACUAUGCUGCGUUUGCCAUUUACGCCAAGGUAGCGGACCUGUUUCGACGCGAGCUGUACCCGGGCGGGGGCUUUCAUCUCUGGACGCCGCCGACGGAUGUGGUCGUCAGCAACAGCGAAUACGAUCAACGGGGCCGCCCACAACGAGAGCACAUCGUGGCAUGGUACCGACAUGCGAUCAAUCGAUUGAGGUUCACACCAAUAGCUCAACCGGUGGCGGCAGUACGAAUCAACGGGCCUCCCCGAGUCCGCCCCACCACGCCGCUCGAGUCGAUCCUGCCCCAUCCGAUCGACCCGCCGCAGCGCCUUCCGAGACCGGCUCUCCCAGACCAAUCAACACAAUACAACUUGCUCAGCAUGGAUCGGCCAUACACCAUCCGUCGCGUCCGCCGAGUCUUGAAUGCAAAGGCCUUCACCGACACGAUCGGUUUCAGGGACUCGCUGCAGCCCGACGAUCUCAAGGGAUUCUGGAAGGGGGUCAACUCGAAGGCAUUGACGGCGAGGGAACGCGAGGUGUGGUUCAAGCUCGUCAGGAACUUCACCCCGACUCGGAGUCUGCAGUUUCAUCAAAAGCACGACGACUCGCCCGCGUGCCUCGUCUGUGGAGCGCCCAAGGACGAUCGGGAGCACUACUUCUUCGACUGCGUUGACUCUAGGAACGUUUGGAUCGCGGCAAGGGGCGUGCUCUGCGACGCACUGGGGCUCGACACGAUCGACAACACGCAUUACACGGCCGUUCAACGCAUGUUCGGACUUCCGAAGCUCAAGGCCAGUCUGCGCGAUCAAGAAGGAGCGGGGAGGACGAUCGAAAUAUUCACCGGGCUGGUCUUGGAGAUGAUCAGCAGCGGGAGGUGGGGGAUGCAGAAGUGGGGGACGAGGAUGGAGGGUGUUGGGAGGAGGAGGAUAAUCUUGGAGGAGAGGUUGAAGCUGAGGGCGGGAGGAGCUUGGGGGAGGAGAAGGCAGUAG